UAACCUAAGUAAACUUCAGUGUGUGUGUAAAUGUGUGUAUGUGUGUUUGGGGGGAGUGACUGUGGAGGAACACUUGUCUGCUCGUUGCAUCCUGUUGUGAAAGUGCAACGGCGUGUGUGCUGUUGUGUGUGCGUGUUGUGUGUCUGAGAAGUGUGUUUGCAGUCAGAGCGAGUUCAAGCAUGAAGAGAGGCAAGAAGGCAGAGGAGGCGGCUGCAGACGGGGAAAAUGACACAGGCUCCGCUUCUGCAAAGAAAGCAAAGAAGGCUAAGGAGCCAGAGGCCCCAGUACUGUAUGAUGAUCCUCCUGACAAGAUGACCAGCAAAGAUGGACGCAACGCCAACAUGAAGAUCACUUCCUGGAAUGUUGAUGGGCUGAGGGCCUGGGUGAAAAAGAAGGGCCUGGAUUGGGUGCGUGAGGAGGCUCCGGAUGUUUUGUGCCUGCAGGAGACCAAGUGUGCUGAGAAAGACCUGCCCGCCGACAUUACCUCAAUGCCCGAGUACCCGCACAAGUACUGGGCCACGUCAGAUGAAAAGGACGGUUACAGUGGUGUGGCCAUGCUCUGCAAGACUGAACCCCUCAAAGUGACCUAUGGCAUUGGCAAAGAGGAGCAUGACAAGGAGGGCCGUGUCAUUACUGCAGAGUUCCCCAGCUUCUUCCUGGUGACAGCAUAUAUACCAAAUGCUAGCAGAGGUCUUGUGCGCCUAGAUUACCGCAAAACCUGGGAUGUAGACUUCCGGGCAUACCUGUGCAACCUGGACAAGCAGAAGCCCCUGGUGUUGUGCGGCGACCUCAAUGUGGCACACCAGGAGAUCGACCUGAAGAACCCGAAGGGGAACAAGAAAAACGCAGGCUUCACCCCUGAGGAGCGCGAGGGCUUCAGCCAGCUGCUGGCGGCCGGUUUCACCGACAGCUUUCGUGAGCUCUACCCUGAGCAGACCAACGCCUACACCUUCUGGACCUACAUGAUGAACGCCCGCUCAAAGAACGUGGGCUGGCGACUCGAUUACUUUGUGCUGUCGUCCGCUCUGCUGCCAGGCCUUUGCGACAGUAAGAUCCGCAACAAGGUGAUGGGAAGCGACCACUGCCCCAUCACUCUGCACAUAACAGUGUAGGUUACUCUGGUCAGCAAGCCUACUGCUUUGCAGAGCUCUGUUAGAGUGAAGCAUCACCUACUUGGGAAGUCUUGCAUCUGUUGAAAUUUCUCAAAGGUGAAGUUCUCAGUAAAUUCAGCAGUAGCUUCAUUGUCUAUUACCUUUAUCUUUUUUCACAUGAAACUUUAAUAAACAUAAUGCCCAUUUGUCCUUUCUGUAAUUGAUGUUUGUCAGUAAAACACAACAAUGCAAAAUUAAAUUCCUCUUGGCUGUCCUGUCUGAUGAUCCAACACUAAAUACUCAAAGAUAUGUAAGCUCAUAUUCAACAAUGAUUUAAGACCAGUUGUAGAACUCUCACAAAGUGGCUCCUGUCUGUACUACUGCUGACCAGAAACAAAAGUCUCUGCCACACGACCUGCGGGAUGUUUUUUGUUACUGUUUGAAAUGAAACCACUGCUCUUGUAACUUGUUCUGGCACAAAAAGGUUAACGCUUUUAUUCCAAACCAGUGUUAAAUUUUCUGUUGUAAAACAUGCCCACACUUCUGAAUAAAGACUGGAUUUCUGUAGAA